AUGGUUUUAGCUACUGCACCAAUAGAUAAUAUUGGAACUAAUCUAAACGGUACUCCAGCAAUAACAAUAAGUGGUAUCAAUACUCAUACUAAUACUCAUCCUACUACUACUCCUACUACAACUUCAACUACAACAACAACAACUACUACUGUCAGCACAAAUGCUCAACCUUCUUCCCCCUCUUCCUCCUCCUCCUCUCUCUCUUCCUCUUCUCCUCCUAAUAAGACAAAAAGAAGUAGAUCCGAUGGCUGCUCUAGGAUAAAUGGAUCCCUUUCUUUAAAUGACAUAAUCAAAUCUUUAAUCAAAAGAAGACAGAACGGCCAAUUCAAAGAAAAACCACCUUAUUCCUACGCUAUCCUAAUCUGUUUAGCCAUUCUACAAUCAGAUGACGGGAAAUUGACUCUGUCGCAGAUCUACCAUUGGAUCUCUUCACAUUUCCCCUUCUUCCAACUCAAGGAUUCCAGUUGGCAGAAUUCAAUUAGACAUAACUUGUCGCUAAAUGAUGGUUUCAUAAAGACUGUCAAAUCUUCUGAUGGGAAGGGCCAUUUUUGGCAAGUAAAAGAGACCUCCGCACAAAAAUUUUUCAAACACGAGACCCGUUCAUACGAAGAAAUUAGAGAUGAAUUGAAAGAUUUAGACCAUUAUAUUUUCGCUACUGGCGAUACUACUACUACCACGACCACAACCAUAUCCAAUGAUCCAAUGGAUUUAAAUGAUUCAACCACUUUCAUCGAAAAUCACCCAAUACCUGUAAGUAAUAAUUCUUUGAAAGAUCCGCUGACAAUCAAUUUACCAAAGAUUUCAAUCGAAAAUAAUCAAAACCAUAAUCAUAAUUGUAACGAUGCAAUGUAUAAUUUUGAUAAUGAUGACCAGACUCUAUUAAUUCAAAUCUCUAGUCCACCCCAAUACAAUAACAAUGAUAGUAAUAAUGACAACGAUAAUAAUAGUAAUAAUUUUAUAGGUAAAUUUGAAAGUGAAUCAUCACCUAACCAAAGAUUGACCAACAAGAAGAAUAGAACCUCUUCAAAUCUCAAUACAAUUAAAAGAUCGCAAACUGCUUUAGGUUUACAAUCUUCUAAUUACAAGAACACUACAGUGCGAACCCCAAUUUUACAAAACUCGGCCAUAUUUCACGGAACUUUUACACCAAUUCAAGACCAGUCUCCAAAUCAAUUAAUGUUUAAUAAUAAUCUGAACAACACUGCCACAUUUAACAACAACCAUCCCUUCUCUCUCUCCUUUUCUUCUAACUCUACCUCUUCUACCCAAAUAUCGCCAAAUAAUAAUUUCAAAAAAUAUUUCUGUUCAUUUAAUUCUAAUUUCGAUAUAUCUCCUAGUAGAAACGAGAAUGAUAACAACCUAAACAAGAACGUACAAGAAAGUAACAACUCAUUCAAUGUGAAAACCAAUUCAAGCCAAUUGUCCACGAAUCAUCAACUUGAAUUGUUUAAGACACCUGAGUUAAGAAGAUCACAGAGUUUUGAAAGUGUAUCUAGACAAAUAUUCAAUACACCAAGAUAUGAACAAUUGAAUGACUAUUACAAGAUUAAUCAUGUUACUACCUCCACCACCAAUGCAACUAAUAAUAAUAAGGAUGACCAAAAUAAAAAUACAAAUAAUGAGAACCACGAUAAUAUCACUCUUAACAACAACAACACUAGCAAAAACAAUGCUACCGAUCUACUAAUGAAAAACUGGAAGACUCCAUCUCAUUUAUUUGAAGAUAUAUAUUCCUCCCCUAUCCUAAAAGCCAUGGGGAAAACACCAAUUACUAAAAUAUCUUCAACACCUAAUGGAACAAUAAUAAAAACUUUUUCACCAAGAAAUUUAUCCACACCUAAUCUUUUUGGAAAUUAUACACCAACUACCACCACCACUACCACAAUAAAGACAAAAUUAUCAUCUGGUGGAUUAUUUGGUGUAGACGUAUAUUCUGUCUGGGAAAGAGCAUUGAAGGAUUUCGAUCCUUCCAAAUACAAAAACAGCAACAAUGAUAUAGUUAAUCCAAAUUCAAAGAAUGAAAAGCUGGAUCUUCCAUUCAUGUCGCAAUCUCAAAUAACCAAAUCUCCGCAAAACAGGUUUUGA